UGGACGGCGGGUCUGCAGCGAGUCCUGCAUCUGUCUCUGAGCCCGCAUAACUCCCCUCACCGUGAAUCCUGUGAUGACCCAAAGGUGAGAGGACAAUGGUGGUAAUUAUGAGGAAGAGCAGAAAGCUUUCUGGAAAUGAAAAGCAGCGACCUUCGGAUGGCAUGUGAAUUUUGCGCCGGGAUCUGUGCCACGCUCGUUCAUCUGCCGAAUCUGUCUGGUGCUGAUGGUGAACUAGUGAUUCCUGAGGACCUGAUAGAAGACUGGAUGUGGUUGUAACUAUGGUAACAUCAGGGUGGGGGGUAUGGGCCCUCUCCCCCUGUGGCCUUGUGCUGGUCAUCUGUUUAUCCAUGUGUCUGUCAGAGGAGCCUCACAUCAAGCCUGCCGACUGCAGCAGAAAGGAACAUCCUGUUGUUUCCUACCAAGCACUGAGGUCUUGGGUGUCUGAGUUCUCACAUCCAGGUGCAAAGGACUUCUCCCAACUUGCUUUGGACCUGAGACGAAACCAGCUUGUUGUAGGAGCAAGAAAUUUCCUCUUCAGACUGAGUUUGAAUAAUACCUCCCUCAUACAGGCAACAGAAUGGGCAUCCGAUGAAGACACAAAGCGCUCAUGUCAGAGCAAAGGCAAAUCUGAGGGUGAAUGCCAAAACUAUGUACGGGUUUUGCUGAUAAGCGGAAGGACGCUCUUCACAUGUGGGACCAAUGCUUUUACCCCGGUCUGCAUAACCAGACAGAUUUCUAACCUCAGCCAGGUGUUAGACACUGUGAACGGUGUUGCCCGAUGUCCCUACGACCCGCGUCACAACUCCACUGCCAUGAUCACAGAAAAGGGCGAGCUGUAUGCUGCCACAGUGAUUGAUUUCUCUGGACGUGACCCAGUGAUCUACAGGAGCCUGGGCAACAUGCCGCCCCUGCGCACCGCCCAGUACAACUCUAAAUGGCUCAACGAGCCUCAUUUUGUGUCUGUUUAUGAGAUUGGUCGUUUUGCGUACUUCUUCUUGAGGGAAACUGCGGUGGAAAAUGACUGUGGGAAAAUGGUGUUCUCUCGAGUGGCUCGGGUCUGUAAGAAUGAUAUGGGUGGACGCUUUCUAUUGGAGGACACCUGGACCACCUUCAUGAAGGCUCGCCUCAACUGCUCACGCUCAGGAGAAAUCCCCUUUUACUACAACGAGCUCCAGAGCACCUUCUACUUACCUGAGCAAGAUCUGAUUUAUGGCAUUUUUACCACUAAUGUAAACAGCAUAUCAGCUUCUGCUGUCUGUGCUUUUAAUCUGAGCGCCAUCACCCAAGCCUUCAAUGGCCCAUUUCGAUACCAGGAGAACCCGCGCACUGCUUGGCUGGCCACUCCAAACCCUAUACCCAACUUUCAGUGUGGCACGUUAGAGGAGGGCGCCAAUGGGGGAAACCUGACAGAGCGCAGCCUCCAGGACGCCCAGCGGCUCUUCCUCAUGAAUGACGUGGUCCAGCCAGUAACCGUCAACCCCCUGCUCACCCAGGACAACCUACGUUUCUCUAAGCUGGUGGUGGAUAUCGUGCAGGGCCGACACUCUCUCUACCACGUCAUGUACAUCGGCACGGAAUAUGGCACCAUUCUGAAGGCUCUCUCCACAACCAAUAAAAGCCUGCAUGACUGCUACCUGGAGGAGCUCAGGAUCCUGCCCGAAGGGAAAGUGGGGCCAAUAAAGAGUCUGCAAAUUCUCCACAAUGACAGAUCACUGUUUGUGGGCCUCAAUGACAGAUUGGUGAAGAUCCCAUUAGAGCGCUGCUCCAGCUACCCAACUGAACGCUCCUGCAUGGAGGCCCGGGACCCUUACUGUGGCUGGGAUCAUAAACAGAAGCGGUGCACCACCAUCGAGGAGAGCUCCAACAUGAACCAGUGGACGCAGAACAUCACUGAAUGCCCUGUGAGGAACCUGACUCAGGAUGGUGGUUUUGGUCCGUGGAAGCCUUGGCAGCCUUGUAACCACGAUGAUGGUGAUGGCUCCAUCAGCAGCUGUUUGUGUCGGUCGCGCUUUUGCAAUGGACCGGUGGCCAGAUGUGGAGGGAUUGAAUGCAAGGGCCCGACGAUCCAGGUGGCAAACUGCUCCAGGAAUGGCGGCUGGACUCCCUGGUCAUCGUGGGGCCAGUGUAGCAGCAGCUGCGGCAUUGGGUUUGAGGUGAGGCAGCGCUCCUGCAAUAACCCCGCACCUCGCCACGGCGGUAGAGUCUGUGUCGGCCAGGGACGGGAGGAGAGGCUGUGCAAUGAGAAAAAGCCAUGCCCACUUCCCAUAGUGUGGACUGCGUGGGGACCCUGGGCUCACUGCAGUGCUGACUGUGGUGGGGGGGUCCACUCCAGGACGAGAAGCUGUGAGAACGGAAACAGCUGUCCUGGAUGUGCUACGGAGUACAAAGCCUGUAACCUGGAGGCUUGCCCUGAAGUUCGUCGUAACACCCCCUGGACCCAGUGGAUGCCCGUCAAUGUAAGCCAAGACGGGUCACGGCAGGAGCAGAGAUUCAGGUACACAUGCCGGGCACUUCUGCCGGACCCCCAGCAGCUCCAGCUGGGCAGGAAGAAGGUGGAGACCCGUUUCUGCCCCAACGACGGGUCUGGAGCUUGCCAGACUGACUCUUUGGUUGAAGACUUAAUGAAGACAAGUGUCCGAACUUCAUCCCAGCCACAAGGUGCCCGAUGGGGAUCCUGGGAAACGUGGUCCAGCUGUUCCCAGCAGUGCUCCAGAGGCUUCCGAACUCGGAAACGCAGCUGCUUGACGAUAGAAGGGAGGAUCAACCCCAGCGCCUGUGUGGGAUCGCCGGUGGAGUAUCAGGACUGCAACACUCAACCGUGUCCAGUGAAUGGAGCCUGGUCUUGCUGGUCUGCCUGGUCCCAGUGCACGUCCAGCUGUGGAGGCGGGCACUACCAGAGGACUCGGACAUGCAGCAGCCCACCCCCUGCCAACGGAGGAGAUAUCUGCAUAGGCCUGCAUACUGAAGAGGCCCUUUGUAAUAUACACGCCUGUGAGGGUUGGGGUGAAUGGACAGAGUGGGGGGACUGUGACGACGAGGGCCUGCAGCAUCGCACCCGCCGCUGCGAUGAGAACCAAGAGGCUGAGGUCAGUCUCUGCCAGGGCAACGUCACCCAGUCUAGGCCGUGCCAGCCUCACGAGGUGCCGGUCAUUUUGCCCGGUCAGGAGGACCAGAGCUGUGGAACCUUUACCUUGUUCCAGCUGGCAGCUGUGGGCUUAGCCAGUUUCUUUGCAGCAGCCCUCCUGUCAGCUCUGGCCUUCACAUACUGUCACCACCUGAACCGACCAUCGGCAGAGUCAGCGGUAAUCCACCCGAGCACACCAAACCACCUCACUUACAACAAGCAGGGCAACGCCACGCCAAAGAAUGAGAAGUACAUCCCCAUGGAGUUCAAGAUGCUGAACAAGAACAACAUUCAUGUCAACGAUGAGACAUGCAACCAUUUCCCCUCUCCGGUGCCCUCAGGCAAUAUGUUUGCCACCACCUACUACCCUUCCAGUUUGAGCAAGUACGACUUCCAUCCAGACUCGCCCUGCAGGACCUACAUGCACAGCUGAGAGGAGGCCGGGCUUCAGCCAACAAACUCAUCCACCACAAUGUGCUCAUCAUUCAGAAAUCAGAGCAAAGUCUUAAAUAGUCUUAAGGUAAAUACCAAAAUGAUUUCUAUUAGAGUUAUUCAUGAAAUACCCAAAUAUUUGGCCAUGCAAGUCAUUUUGGUUUUGGACUAUUUCUUUGCUUUAAAGCAGUUCCAGCUGUGUGUCACAACUCAAUAUCAUUUUUGACCACAGCGCUGAGAUUAUAAAGAUUUCGAGUAUAAAUCACUCAGAUGUAAAAUUCCUGUUUAAAAAAUCUGACCCGUCUGCGCACCAUCUCCCUGCACGAUUUGUCAUUUUACCCUAACAAGAAUAAAUGUCUGCCAGCCCAAAAACCCCGCAGUCAGUCAACGUGGACUGUGUGGUGCUGUAACUAGGGAAGAUUGAAUUUAUUAAUCCCAGAUUUGGGGACUAAUAAUCUUCAAAAUAAGGUCAAUUGUGUAAAUAUAAAGGAAGAAGCAAAACAAAGGUGAUCCCAAAUUACAGUUCACAUAUAAAGAAGCGCUACUGAGAGCACAUCGUGAGUGUCUUUUUAGUUUUCCGCAUCUAUAGGAAGUUCUUUAAAUUCUUAUAUUUUGACGGUACUUUCAGUAUCCCACAAAAGCCGGCAGCCUUUUCGUUUCCUCCCUUUCUUCACCAUGUAGCUGCCUGUUUUCUUAGAGCCAGAAUGAGAGGUGACUGGUUUACUGAUUGCAGAGACUAUGAGCCAGUAACCAAGAACGAGCUGUGGGUGGUCCGAUCGAUCCGGCCCUUGUUUCAGAUGUUGUGCGUGCAUCUGUUCGUGAGCCACAGUGCAUCAACUUUUACCUCCCAGAGGAGGACUUGUUUUGUUUUGUUUUUUAAGGCUCGUUUGUUCUCUGAUGAAACCACCAUCUACAGGGAUCCCCCCCGUCUACUCACUUCACCCUCCCUGAAGUGCCCUGGUCAUGCUCAGGGUGCCAGAAAGCAGAACCCAAACCUCCAGGGCUUGAACUCCGCUGACAUUGUGUGUAACUGGAUCCACUGGACUCUUUUGCAAAGACUGAUUUCCAUGAUAAAAAAACAGAUCCAUGAAAUGAUGGGUAUUAAGGAACAUCUCCACUCUGAAUAAAGCUAAGAAAUAAACAGACUCGCAGCUUAUUCGCUUUAAUUUUCAUACUUAGCUGGCAAAACGAUGGACAGCAAUCCUGAAGAGGACAUUUUUGACACGCUUGACUUCGUACUGUACAUUGGUAAAAAAAAAGAAAAGAAGAAAAUGCAUGUUUGCCAACUUUUCUAUCAGCAGAAUGAACAAAUUAUUUUAGGGGUGUUCACAGAUUCAUGCUGAUUCAGCUAUGGAAAAAUAUGGGGGCGUACCGCCCCGAUUUUACAAGGCUACUGUUCAAAAAUCACCAAAAACAAUACAGCUGUUCAUGUAUAUUUCAACAGAAUGUGAAUAAUUCAUUAUCAGUGUUAGACUUUUCAAAUGAAUAUUAAUUUCAUGCAACAAAAUGUAACUUUUUUGUGAUUAACUUGCUUAUGGUGGCUACAAUUUUUGUUUUUAUUUAAUAGCACAUACUGAAGUGACUGGGAAACAACUGCUGCCCCCAAAAAAUACAAAAAUGUUUUGGUUUAUGUUUUGGUUCUGCACAAAUUUAAAAUGUAAAACUUUAAGAUGAUAAAAUGUGCUUAAACGUUGGUGUUUUCCAUUGAGGAAGACAGCGUAGAAAAUAACUGGUUUCUCCCUGCACGUCUCUUAAUUCAAAAUUGAUCAAAUUUUGAAGCUGCUGAAGUUCAAACUGAGCAACAGAAUGAUGAAGAACGAUGAAGACAACAGUAACUCAAACCAAGUACGCAGAUGAGCAUAGGCUACAGCAGCAGAAUACCACACUGGAUGUCAGUCCUGUCAGCUAAGAACAGAAAACUGAGGCUACAAUUAACACAAGCUCACCAAAAUUGGGUAAUAGAUGGGAAAAAUGUUGCCUGAUCUGACAAAUCUCAAUUUGUAUUGUAACAUUCAGACGGCAGGGUCAGAAUUUACCUUUAAUCAAACCUCAGCAGGUAGCAGAAUUGUGUGGGGAACAUUUUUUUAAUAUAGUCUUUUGCUUAAACUCCGCCUGAGUAAUGUUGCUGACCAUGUUCAUCCCUUCAUCGCUACACUGUACCCAUCAAUCUCUGAAGAAUGCUUCCAGCUCCUUUGUGAGUCUAUGCCACAAGGAAUUAUGACAGUUAUGAAGGCAAAAGGGAGUCAAAGUUAUUACUAGUAAGGUGUAUCUAAUGAAGUGGCCGGUGAGUGUAACUUAAGUUUCGUCUCGUGAUGGCGUGUCUCAUUACUUGGACAACAUUGCACACACUUGUAUAAAUGUGUUUUUCAGCUAUUUGUUGCUUAUUUCUUCAAAUGGUGGGUAAUUUUUCUUACAAUGUGCCAUUUUUUACAUAAUAUAAAAUAUAAUGUAAUACAUUUCCUGGGGAAAUUAUUAGGUAAAUAAAUAGGGGCAUCUUUGGCACGGUUACUCGGUUAAUUUUCCACUGUUAGGAACAUGGAAACAAAAUCGUUGCUUUUAGCUGAAAAAGCUGUUAAUGUAACUGGAUUGGAGGUGCACUGGUUGAUCACUGGCUCUAGUUUCCUGAUGAUUUGUGCCAGAUUCUGUUUUGAUUUGCCGAAAAAGCCCAACCUCAAACUCUACUGCUGAAAAUUUCCCACAUAAAAGUCACUGUGAGAGGAAAUUGAAAAAUGUGUUGGCUUCUAGUAAUACCAAAAACACUUUGCACCCUUAACCUCUAAAUCAUAACAAAUUUGAACCGAAUUGUAUAUUUUUAUUUUAAAACAAAUAAACUUUACAAUAAAGUAAAGUGAUUUUUUUUGGUGUUAAAUCCAAGCCCUGUGUUGUUAAUGAUAAAACGUAUAUUGCAUAUUUUGUGUCUCUAAUUUGUAAAUACCAAGAAGUGAAUGCACCAGUUUCUCAGCAUUUUUACACAGCAUGAAACAAAAAGCCCCGAUAGUACAAUAUGUGUGUUUAUAUACAUGUAACUGCAUGUACUGACAUUCUUUCAUGAAUAUACAGUCCAUGUUUGUGUAAAGUGUACAAAUGUUUGAAUGUAUUUAACCAAGAAAGUGGAAAUGUCUUUUUAAAAACGGUGUUCCUACCCUGUCUGCGGCAGAGAAAGUGAGUUUUGUAUUUAAAGGCCACUUUGGUGUCAAAUCAGAUUCACACUGGACACAAUUUAUCCUCAUAUUUUAAGAAAAAUCCCCAAAAUGGAUUUGUUUUGCUCCCAAAAACGCUUGUGUUAAAUAUGAUUGAUGUGACUUAACACUGCCUUUUGGACACUGUGAACUUUUGCUACUCUAUAUUUUUCUAUAAUGUACACUGAAAAAAACAAUGAAGAUGACAAAAAUACAUUUUGGUGCCAA